UAUAUGAACAGAAUCAUGAAUUCCUGGUGGAAAGAUUGGAGCUCCAGCUGGGUAUAUCACACAGUAGUUCUCUCUGUCUUUGGAUUUUUUGCCAACUUCCGACCAGCAGAGCCCUUUCUUACACCUUACCUCGUUGGGCCCUACAAAAAUAUCUCAGAGGAGCAGGUGACAAACAUCCUGUAUCCAAUAUGGACUUACUCGUACCUGGCUCUGCUCUUACCCGUAUUCCUGCUUACAGACUAUUUGCGCUACAAGCCCAUCAUUGUGGUCCAGGGAGUGUGCCUGGUGAUAAACUGGACCCUGCUGUGUUUCGCCCAGGGCAUGCCAGCCAUGAAGUACCUGCACUUCAACAACGGGAUAGCCACAGCCACAGACGUGGCCUACUUCUCUUACAUCUACUGUGUGAUACCUUCAGACCGCUACCAGAAGGUCACAAGCUACUUGAGGACGGCAACGUUGGUAGGCUACACCGUGGGGUCCACACUAGGCCAGCUUUUGGUUUCAGUGGCCGGGCUGCCUUAUUUUUACCUCAACGCCAUCAACCUGGGCUCAGCAUUGAUGGCUUGCCUCUCUUCAUUCCUUCUACCCAUGCCCCGGGCGGGGGGCAUGUUCUUUAACAAAGAAACUGCAGCUCCACCUGGAGAGCAGUGCCAAGACUCCAGAAGCCACGAUAGGGAGGAGGACAGACCGUCUACCCCCCCAGGGGAUAUCAAACCGCCCAGAAAGAAAGGACAGGCCGCCGGGAAGCUCCGCAGGAAAAAUCUGGGUUGUGCCGUCCAUCUCCUGUGGACCAGCUUCAUUGACUGCUACUCCUCCAGGAAGCUGAUCUACUGGUCACUGUGGUGGGCGUUUGCGACUUGUGGGUACUACCAGAUCUUCAACUAUAUCCAGCUAAUGUGGAAUCACAUUGAGCCUUCAGGGAGCUCCCCGGUGUUCAAUGGUGGGGUAGAGGCAGUGACAACACUUGUAGGUGCCAUUGCCGCCUUUUCUGUGGGGUUCAUGAAGCUGGACUGGGAUAUCUGGGGGGAACUGGCCUUGGGGCUGUUUUCUGCAAUCAGUUCGGGUGCUGUUUAUGCGACUGUGCUCACAGACAGCAUCUGGGUCUCUUAUGCUGGUUACGUGACCUUCAAAGCAUCUUACAUGCUGCUGAUUACCAUAACCACGUUUCAGAUUGCUGCUAACCUGUCUCUGGAGUGUUACGCCCUGGUAUUUGGGAUAAACACCUUCGUCGCCCUUCUUCUCCAGACAAUACUGACCGCCAUAGUGGUUGAUGAGAGCGGACUGGGACUGAGCAUCGUCAAGCAGUUCAUUGUCUACGGGACUUACUACGUCGUCAUUUCUCUUCUGUUUCUUGGUCGGGGAGUGUACACGAUGAGCCGUUACAAAUGCAGAUCAAGAAAUGAUUCAUCUCAGGAUGUGCCAGGAGACAGUGUAGUUAUCUCUUCUUAUAAAUUUUAAUAAGGAGCAUACUAGACUCAGUUCUGAUUUGUUUCAAUUCUUUUGUACGUGAAGAGCUGUAGAAACAGAUCAUUCAUUACCGGAUUUGUGGAAGCUGAAUUUUUAGUCUGUGGAAAAUGUUUUUUCUUAUCGUGUUAUUUAGAACAGUUUUUUAAACGGAUCUCUUCCUAAUGCAAAAAUAAUGUAGGGGUAUUGUAGCGCCCUUGUUGGGUGACGAGGAGGAGGCAUGUAAAUAGUCCCGUUCGCAUUUGUGUAAACAGCAGUUUAGUGUUUACCUGUGUUAUUGUCCCUUAAUGUGUAACCACCCUGAAACUGCGUACGUGUCCCGUUUACCUCCCUGUACGUGUCACCCUGACUUUUUGUUUGUUGCCCAUAGCUGACAGGCUUGAUAAAGAGUGCCAAACUA